UGUGACAUCGUUCUCUCGUAGAACGCAACUGAACGCAACCGUUCUUUCUCGUUGUUGCCGGGCUGUGCGGGAUUCUCAUGGGCAAUUUUUGUCGGUGCUGUUUUUUCUCUCGGGUCCAGGUCGACGAGUUGUAGACGAGGUGCGCAAUCGAGGUGGGCGUUAAGCAUUUCAACGAAAAUAUUGUGGCUUGUUAUUUUAUCGGAUACUUUCUCGUCCGAUGCCUUCUCAUAACAAGCGCACGUUGCAAGUUCUGCAGAACACUUAUGAUGAGCUGCAGCGUUAUUAUACUCUACUGCGGCUGAUUCGGGCAGAUCUCGAGAAAAUAACGAAGAACUUCGCAGCCAUAAACGAAGUAUAAGAGUUAAUGUAGGAACUGCUACACAACAAGAUUGUUGCGGUACAUAUAAACAAGAAGAAAAUAAAAAAUGGAUACUCGUAAGUCUCUAGCGCAAAAGAGACUAGAUUCUCUGCAUCAUUCACCGACUUCUUCUUCGUCGCUAAGAAAGUCGAUUGGCCAAGCUCCGCCGACAAGUACCUUUUCGGAAAACGAUGAUGAAGCAGAACGUAUUGCUCGUCGGCGUGAGAUGUUCACGUCGACAUCGACAUCACCGUCAUCCAAUAGUAGUGGCAGAAGAUUCUCGCUCGGCCUGGGAUUAUUAUCAAAUAUUCCGGCGCCUCAAAUGGCCGAAAGCAUUAAUCGAUGCAUACAGCUGAGCGCCGAGAACAAGAUCAAUAUCAAGAAUGCUUUUAGCUUGGAAAUGAUCGACUUUAUGACGUAUAUGAUAAAGAAGCAAGAUGCCAAUAUGACGAACCUGCAAAUGGCCAGCACAUCCCUGGACGUGAGCACCAAGAUCUACGGAUAUCGUGUGGACAGUGUUCAUAUGGGAAUUCUCAAAAUGGUCGGUGGACUGGAUAAACAGAUAGCGGAUAGUAUGGAGCAAAACUCGGAUGAGGAGGAGGCAAUGCAGGAAGACGCGCAAGCAAACGUCCAGGUACAGAAGAAAAAGAAAAAGAGAUCGAAGCACAAGAUCUUCAGCACCAUCGAGGCUCUGAGAGGCAACAUCGAGAUCGCGAAACCUAUAUUGACGAUGAUAGGCGAGGGAGAUCUGCAGACCAGCGACACGUUGUACCAGGCGACGCUGCCGAAUCACGCAAAUUCCGGCUUUUAUCAGCAUCCGUACAACGACGUGCUCGUCGACGUUUUGGAGAACACGUCUGAAUCGCGACAUAAUUCGAAUUCCAAGUAUACCAUACCGGCGAUCGAGGAAUUCUCGAAUUUGGAGAUCUGCUCGUCGUACUCGAACUUUGAGUUCCUUGGCUGGUCCGUGGACGACGAGCCGGAAGAGAUGCCGGAAGAAGAAGCCGAUCCUAAUGACGACAGUGGCAACCAUUUUCAAUUCGAUUUGGAUGCAAGUGUGGAGCACGACGAUCCGGCGCCCGAGCCUGCGAACUUCUUUGACAUCGAGCACGAAACCAAUGUUCAGGGGUGUCGUCGAGAAUCGACCAACCAACCAGACGCGAAUAUCGUGGAUGCGUACAAUGUCCAGGCAUCCGAAUAUUCCUUCGUCCAACCGAACAUGAGCUUGCAUUGGGCCGGUCCAGUUCAUUGGAAAUUUCGUCGUAAUUUCACGAGAUCUUUCGCUGGCGUCGAAAGUAAAACUAAGGAGAUAGCUUGCAUGCAGACUAAGCAGCGAAAGAAAAAACAGUUCGAGCUGCUGUACGAUGACGUACGGGAUGUCAUAGACAGCAAGUUCGCGUCGAGUCAGUCCAUCAAAUUACAUGCCAAGACCGCGAAAGUGGAAUGGAGCACCGAGAGUUUGACGCUACCGGAGGAUGUACAUUAUGAUAUCAUGCAAAUGAGCAAGCUCUACCUGUAUCAUAAAGCUUUAAAGCUGGCGAACAGUAGGGAGAGAGAGGGCGGGGAUACGUUUACCGCUGCUGAUGUGUCCGACGGCGAAAGAUACGACUACGAUAAUCCAAAUGACACGCAGGAGUACUGUCCCAAUGUUGAGCAUGAUGACGAUUACGACGAUUACGGAAAUAGGGAUGCUAACGACGAUUGUAACUUCAACGAUGACGCUGCUGCGAUGUGUAGCCAAGGUCUCACCGGCGACAAUCUAGUCGCUGCGCCAAAGCUAGUUAAUAAAAUGCCUAUCACUUAUUGUUUGAAGGCGAAGAAGAUCGACAUGCGACAGUUGAAGAAAACGAUAUGGAAUUGUCUCAAGUCUACGAACAAUAAUGCGAAUGAAGCAAACGCUGGAGAACCGGCGGACAACGAGGACGGUAUGAUGAAGGAGAACAAGCAGUUCAGCGACGUUUAUAAGAUGUUGCCGAAAUUGUUGACGAAAAGCAACGCUGAGGCGUUGAGCGUGCCAAUCUCUUUUAUCUCUUUGCUACAUCUGGCGAACGAGAAAGGUUUGAGGCUUGAGUCGGUACCAGAUUUUUCCAAUAUCGUUAUCAAGCCUGAGGAACUGAUGACUUGAGAAGAGCUUGUUUUCUUGUGUGUAUGUUCCAGCAGAUAUAUAUAGACAAAUAUAUUUUAAGAAAUUAGACAAUUGUACAAUGUCAUAAUAAAAAUUGCAAAUUUAUUGUUAUGACAA